UUGCUGGAGCAGAGAAAUAUCAACAUGAGAGGAUUGUGUGUACCACACUGUUAACACUAAGUCUCAUCAGCUUUGAAUUAAAGUACAGCUACAAGUGUAGUAUUCCACAAUCUCAGACUACUUGUGUCAGUGACCAUUUAACAUAUAUUAAAGUGGUGAUUAAUCUGUGCUCGCAGUAAUUUGUACAAACUACUACACCAUCCAUCCAAUUUGGUAUAACUUAAUAAUAACAAAGCUGUAUGAAAUAAUCACUGCAGUAUGUGUAACCUAGCCUUGUGUUGAUAUGUAUUAAAGAACCAUUUUACUACAAAAAUGAUGGAAGAUAAUAUGUGAAGAUUUCGUAAAUUAGAAAUGACAGCAAUGUUUCCUGUUCGAAAAGUAGUAUGUGGUAUAUCUGGUGGUGUAGAUAGUAGUGUGGCUGCCCUUUUAUUGAAGAGAAAAGGUUAUGACGUGCUUGGUGUUUUCAUGAGGAACUGGGAUAUUGCAGAUGAAACUGGGCACUGCAGUAUUGACAAAGAUAAAGAAGAUGCAGAAUACGUUUGUCGAAAAAUUGGCAUUCCUUUACAAGAAGUGAAUUUUGUAAGACAUUAUUGGAAUGAAGUUUUUAGUGAUCUCAUUGAGGAUUACCAGAAUGGUCUUACUCCUAAUCCUGACAUUUUGUGUAACAAAUCAAUAAAGUUUAAUAUUUUCUAUGAUUAUGCCACUGAGAACCUUGGUGCUGAUGCAAUUGCAACAGGACAUUAUGCAAGAACAUCAUUUGGUGAAGACUUGGAGUAUUAUCAAGAAAAUAAAAGGGUACGUUUGUUGAAAGCUGUUGAUGGUGGAAAGGACCAGACUUUCUUUUUAUCACAGGUUCCUCAGAAAAGCCUCCAGAGGACACUUUUUCCACUGGGAGGAAUAACGAAGAAUUCAGUGAAGAAAAUAGCUCUUCAUGCUGGUCUGAAUUAUAUUGCAAAGAAAAAGGAGAGUACAGGAAUAUGCUUUAUAGGAAAGAGGAACUUUCAAGAUUUUAUUAAAGACUAUGUCAAACCCAAACCUGGUAACUUUGUUGACGUUGAGACUGGCGAGGUUGUCGGCACACAUGCAGGAAUUCAUUUUUGGACAAUGGGACAAAGAUGUCAUAUACCAGGUCUACACACUGCAUAUUUUGUGGCUGAUAAAGAUAUGAAAACACAGGAUAUUUUAGUGGCAAGUCUUCUUUAUGGAAUCUUUCUGUAA